UCUCCAUCCAUCCUCACUUCCACCCACCAAAACAACUCAAACCAUGUCUCUCGACUUUAUCGGGACCAUCGACUCGGACGACGAAGGGCCGCAGGUUGACUCGCGCGCCGAGCCCUCCAAGCGCGCUGAGGCCGACGAGUUUGAUGCCGACUUUGCCUUCGACCUCGAUGGCACUGGACCGGGAACUCUUGAUCUCUGGGGCGGUGACGAGGUCAAGGGCGCCGAGGGGCCAGUGACCGUUGACGACAUCAUCGAGCGCAAGACAGGAAAAGCGUUGCGGCCGUAUCGCGAGCGCAAGCGGAGGCGGGACGAGGGCGACGAUGAGGAGGAGGGGAGCGAGGAUGCAGGCAGCGAGGAGGAAAGUGACGAGGCAGAUGGGGAGGAGGAGGAAGACGCUGAGAUCAAUGGCGAGGAGUCUGAGGACGAGGGAAUGGAGGUCGACUUCGACGAGGGGAUGGACGAGGAUGAUGAGGAUGAGGAGGAGGGCGAGGACGAAGACGAAGACGAGGACGACAUCGACGAAGCAGCCGGGGACGAUGAAGACGCGAACGCCGGAUCUUCCUCUGAUGAGGAGGAGGAGAGCGCCGCUGAAAAGGCGCGCAAGGACGCUUUCUUCUCUGCAGACCCAACAGCCGAGCAGACCGACCUGCCAACAUCCUUCUCCUCCAUGAACCUCUCCCGACCGAUGCUCCGCGCGCUCACUUCGCUUGGCUUUACGGCUCCCACUCCAAUCCAGUCGCGCGCUGUUCCUCUAGCGCUUUUGGGACGCGAUAUCCUCGGUUCGGCGGUCACAGGUUCCGGUAAGACCGCAGCAUUCAUGAUCCCGAUCCUCGAGCGUCUGAGCUACCGUGACCGCGGACGAGGCGGCCAGGCAUGUCGUGUGCUUGUUCUCUGCCCUACCCGUGAGUUGGCAGUACAGUGCGAGCAGGUUGGCAAGGCUUUGGCAGAGCGCGGCGGGCUCGACGUUCGCUUCGCGCUGCUCGUCGGUGGUCUCUCCCUUUCGGUGCAGGCCCACGCCCUCCGCACUCUUCCCGACAUCCUCAUCGCCACCCCAGGUCGUCUCAUCGACCACCUGACAAACACGCCCUCGUUCACUCUCUCGGCUCUCGACAUCCUCGUUAUCGACGAGGCGGACCGCAUGCUCGAGGCCGGGUUUACCGACGAGCUCGAGGAGAUUAUUCGCCAGUGCCCGCGCGGUCGACAGACGAUGCUCUUCUCUGCGACAAUGGACGACAGUGUUGACGAGCUUGUCAAGCUCUCACUCGACAAGCCUGUGCGCGUCUUCGUCGACAAAGAGCGCAACACGGCCGCGGGUCUGACGCAGGAGUUCGUUCGUAUCCGCGACGACAAUCUGCGCUCGCCUGCGCUCCUUGCCCUGUGCCGCCGCACAGUACGCGAGCGCUGCAUCAUCUUCUUCCGCUCCAAGGCGCUCGCGCACCAGAUGCGCGUCGUCUUUGGCCUGUGUGGGCUCAAGGCCGCCGAGCUGCACGGCAACCUCACGCAGGAGCAGCGUCUCAUUGCGCUCAAGGAGUUCAAGGAGGGGCGCGUAGACUACCUCCUCGCGACGGACCUCGCCUCGCGCGGUCUCGACAUCAAGGGUGUCGAAACUGUCAUCAACUACGACAUGCCGUCGCAGCUUGCACAGUACACCCACCGUGUGGGUCGUACUGCCCGUGCUGGGCGCAAGGGUCGCUCUAUUACAUUGGUCGGCGAGGCGGACCGCAAGAUGCUCAAGGCGGUGAUUAAACAGAGCCGCGAAGACCAGAUUCGCCACCGCAUCAUUCCCACCGAGGCGAUCUCGGCGCAGGCCGAGCGACUCGACGAGCUGCGCGACGACGUGGCCGAGGUGCUCAAGGAGGAGAAGGAGGAGAAGGCGCUGCGCCAGGCCGACAUGGAGAUCAAAAAGGGGCAGAACAUGGUCGAGCACGAGAAGGAGAUUUUCUCGCGGCCCGCGCGCACCUGGUUCCAGAGCGAAAAGGAGAAGGCGUCCGCGAAGGAAGCAGGCAAGGCGGUGCACACGGGCGAGUCGAAGACGGUGCGGGGCAAGGCGGAGCCGACGGGCAAGAAGGAGAAGCAUGGGCGGUACGACGGGCUGUCGCGCCGGCAGAAGCGGCGCAAGAUGGCCAACGACGAGGAGGCGCGCGAGAACGCGACUGUCAAGGUGUCUGCGGCGAUCCGAAAUGCCAAGAAGGCCGCGCGGCCCGUCAAGAUCACCGAGCCGCUCAAGGCCAAGAGCGCGGCGGCGGCGGGCAAGGGCAAGAAGAAGAAGGCGGCGCGCAUCGGCAAGGGGAGCGCGUUCGCCGAGAGCCACGAGGGCAUGCGCGCCAAACCGGUCAAGGUCAGCCUCGGCAAGAAGGGGGGCAAGGGGAAGCCCAAGGGCAAGGCUGGCAAGCGGUAGUAGAGGGGGCGACGGGGCGAUGCAUUGCAUUUUAUUG